AUGAUGAAUAUUAUAAAUAUGUCGCCACGUGUAAAGAAUGUUGGACCAGAUGUUAUAGCCCGCAGACAACCUGUGUUUGGCGUGACAGUAGUUACCAGGACGGCUUCUAUGGUCCUGCACGCCGUGGCAGAAAUACACAAUAUUAGAUACAAAUAUAUUGUAGUUGAUAGAUGGAUAGGAAAUUAUGAUCGUAAUACAUCUGUUGCUGUUACAAACUCGUUGUACUUCAGAGAUGCUGAUAUUUCACCUGUGAUACGGAUGAUUAAUUUUACACUUGGUAACAUAGAUUUACUUUAUCCACCUUUGACUUCAAUAGAAACAAGGUAUUACUAUAGAAUUCCGACUUAUGGUCCUGGUAAAUUCGAGAAUCAGUUUCUAAGGCCGCUAUCGCCCGGAGCCUGGCUAUGUGUUGUAGCAGUGGGUGUGUUAUGCAUACUGCUGUUAGUGAUGACAUCGAAGUUAGAAUAUCGGCCGUCUUCAAUGCAGUUUGCAGUAUUUUCUGUAGUUGCAUCUUUUUGUCAACAAUUUUUCGAAGAUAACGGUGAAGUGGCAACGAGAAGAAUAACAACAGCUGGUAAGAUGACGAUCCUGGUGACAGGGUUGUCAUGUGUCCUGAUCUAUAAUUACUACACCAGUAGCGUGGUGAGCUGGCUGCUGAGCGGUCCUCCACCAUCUAUCAACUCUUUGAAAGAACUACUUGAGAGUCCUUUGGAACUUAUCUUUGAAGAUAUUGGCUAUACCAGAUCAUGGCUGCAGAUGCCGGACUAUUAUUACAACAAGAGGAACGCGAAAAUAGAAGACGAACUAAGACAAAGGAAAGUUUUAAAUAAAAAGAAAGGAGAACCGUUAUUAGUGCCUUUGGAACGUGGAAUCGAAAUGGUUAAGGCGGGAGGUUUCGCAUAUCACACCGAAGUAGAUAAUGCUAACACUCUUAUAUCGCGUAUAUUCACACAAAAUGAGCUCUGUGAACUUGGUUCAUUACAAUCAAUGGAGAAGACUCUUUUGUACGCUUGCUUGCAAAAGAACAGCCCUUAUAAAGAGUUCUUUGUUUGGAGUUUGCUGCGCCUACGUGAGCGUGGAAUAGUAUCCUGCAUUCAAGAUCGUACGCGAGCUCCCGACGUGUCGUGUGAAGGCAGUUCUCCGAGAGCGCUGGCCCUAGGUGGCGCGGCCCCAGCGUUUAUACUGCUAGCUGCUGGAUAUGUGUUGGGUUCGAUUAUUAUGAUUAUAGAACGGUAA